AUGGAGUUCUCUGUUAAAGCGCCCUUGAUAUCAAAGCACAAAAAGUUUGUCAACAUGUGGAAAAAAGCCGAAGACUCACUCUUGUUAGAAGCUGUAGAGACAUUUGGUCUUAACAACUGGAAAAGUGUUUGUCGAAAGAUACCAGGAAGGACCAGAAAACAAUGUAGAGAGAGGUAUUUAAAUCACUUGAGUAAUGGUAUUGUCCAGAAGAGACCUUGGACUGUCACCGAAGACAUUUUUAUUUUGAAAGCAGUCAAUCAAUAUGGACGCAAAUGGUCUGUUAUUUGUACAAUGAUUCAAGGAAGGACUGCAAACAAUAUCAAGAACAGAUUUUUUGGACAUUUAAAGAGAUUGAACAUAACUGAGGAAAUGCUUGAAGAGACACUCAAAAAUAUGAAAGCUGAAAGUGUAUUCACUCCUGUUGCUUCAUCACUUUAUGAGGUGGUUAGUCCGAGUAUUACCGACUCUAUAUAA